AUGUACCGCCCGUUGUGUAUUACGAAGAAAAUUAUAGAGCAAAGCUUGAAGGUGGUGGAUAUCGUUCUUCCUAAGGUCUCCUUGAAGCUUCUGGAAGGCGUCGGGGUCGAUCUGAACAUCUACACCAAAGUGAAAAUCCAGGGCGGCAAAUCGCUGCUCGGGCUGCUGAAUCUCCACGUGGAAGUGAACAUCACCAGCAGGGCUCGGAUGGUGCAGGAUAAGUCCGGCGCCCCCAAGUUGGUCAUUGAGCAGUGCAAGACCCACCUGGGUAAAAUCCAGGUCCUGACUGGGUUGCUUCCACUGAAUCUGGGCGCGGUUGUAAGCAAUCUCUUGAACAACCUCCUUCCUGGAGUGCUGUGUCCAGUCAUAGACCUUGUGCUGAAUGUCUUGAACACACUUUUGGGCACGGUCAACAGUAUUUGCCCCUUUGGAAUGCUUGGACAACUGCAUUAUACACUAGCCGGUCUCCCGCUGUUCCGUGGUCAACACAUCCUUUUGAAUCUGAAUCUCAUGAUCACUGAUCCUGAGGGCAAGACCAUCAACCUGCCUCCAGCCCAGCUGCCCUCUCUUCCCGUACCGGUGCCCGGAGACCACUCCUCCCAGCUGGUGCUCCCUGGUCAGCUCCUCACCACUCUGAUCGGGACCCUGGGGUCGAAAGGCUUGCUCAACAUGGACAUCACUCAACAGACGCUCCAUGGAGACGUCCCCAUGACAACGACCGCUCUGCAAUCUCUGGUCCCAGAGCUUUCUCUGCUCAGAAUCCCCUCCCUGCCUCUGGUGGUCAGAAUUAGGCUCAGCGGGGCCCCGAAAGUGGCCCUGCAAAACGGAGAGGCGUCAGUGACUCUACCGGCCUCCAUCGGCGUGCUCGCCCGCACCAGGUCCGGUCCCAUGUCGGUCUUCGCGGUGGACGCUACUAUCGGCCUGAGCGGCAAAAUCAAAGUUGGGUCAUCCAAGCUGAGCCUCUCCCUCUCUCUCAAGAGCCUUACUCUCAAACUGACUUCGUCCGAAAUCGGCAGCUUUAAUGUUCUUGCUCUGGAAGGCUGGUUCGGAAACCUGAUUCGCUCUGAGUAUGUGCCGGUGGUCAACGGUGCAUUGGAGAUAGGAAUCCCUCUCCCCAAACUCUUCAAUUUGAAGUAUGACGAUGCUGUUGUCUCUGUGGUUCAAAACGCUCUUGUGGUCGACGUGGCUCCUAAGCUGCUCUAA